AUGAAUUUUUUUAAAGUUUUAUUAUUUGGUACCUUGGUAGCUAUAGGUCUAGUUUCCACAUUGGUUUUUGCCUCUGCAGAUUGUGCAUCUAUGAAAUGUGGACUAAUUGGUGAUGCAUGUGAUCUAUCAGAUUUGCAUUUCUGUUCCAACUCUUACUGCAAAUUUGGUUCUAACUGGAGUGGUACAUGUACUGCCUUUAUUCCAGAGAAUGGUGCCUGUUUAGAGGAUGAGCAAUACUUGGGAUCAUGUUAUCCAGGUCUCUCUUGCUACGACAGUAAAUGUGUCCAAUCUGAUUAUGCACAAUAUGGUGAAUCAUGUACUCAAGAUUAUCAAUGUUCCUAUGGAUUAACUUGUUCCAACUCUCAAUGCUCAUUUGGUAAUAGUCAAAUGCCACUGUCAUGUGAAGAGGCACAAGAAGGAUGUCCAUAUGGUACAUUUUGUAAUAGAACCGAUUAUAACAACGAUGUCUGUACUCCUCAACUUGACAUUGGUGAUGACUGUACCAUGUACAACACAGGAGUAGCCAUAUCAUGGGGUGCUUGUCGAGAUGGAUCAUUAUGCAAUCAAGUCGGUAACGACUCGACGUCAUAUGUAUGCACUGCACUGUAUUCUCUUGGUCUAGGUCAAACGUGUACCUUAUUCAACGAAAGAGACGAGAAUCCUACUCAAUCAACUUGUGAUGCCUCACAAGGUCUCUACUGUCCAAAGGAUGGUGGUGUCUGUACCCCACUUCCAGCACCAUCAAAUGCUCCAUGCUCCUUGUUUAAACAAUCGGAAUGUAACUUUAACGAGGUUUGUACAUGCCUUUCCAAAGGUGAUGUCAAUGGUACAUGUUCCGUUGUAACUACUAUCAACUCUGAAUGUGCAGAUGCCACCACAUCCUACUUUAACUCAAGUGUGCCGCCGAGUAUUGCAACCUCACCAAUUCUUGUUACAGGGAUAACGAUUUUUCCAUUUGUCUAUUACCAAAUUCCAUUUACAAUAUUGCUUGUCCUAGUCAUUCGAGCUCGAGUGAUUCCAACUCAUCACCACCAAUCAUCACGUGGAUUUAAAUUCAAGUCAAGUAUUUCAUUGUCAUCUUCAUCAUUUUGGUCUUAUCAAGUUAUCUAUUGCUAUUUCUAUUGUACUCUUAUAAAUAAUAGUGUCCAAGGCGACACAUGUCCAUCAAUAAAUGCUCAAUGUAUCCAAGUGGGUGAGCGAUGUGAACUCAACAGUACCCAAAUCUGUUCCAGCUCUUUCUGUGCGCCCUCUUCCAACUCUAGCUUGAUUGGUACAUGUACCACCUUUAUACAAGAGAAUGGUAGAUGCGGGACUAGUGAUUUAAUUUGCAAUCCGGGUCUUUCAUGUAAUGGCGGCAAUUGCGUUCAAACUGAUUAUUUACAAACUGGUGAGCGAUGCACUCAAGCCUAUCAAUGCUCCAAAGGGUUAUCAUGCGGUGGGGCAUGCUCCCUCAUUGGCGAGUGUAGCAUUAAUGAACGAGUCUGUGCAUUUGGUAAAUUCUGUAACACAACCGGAAGAAUCAAUAUCUGUUCGCCUCAACUUAUGGUUGGUGAUGAUUGCACCUUGUUUAGUUGGAGCGCUACAAAAGGCAAUGAUCCAUGUCCAUAUGGAUCAAUAUGCAAUCAAUACAGCUCUACAGACUAUAGAUGCACUGCAUUGUAUUCUCAAGGUGUCGGUCAAAAGUGUACGGCAAAUCCAAAUGACCCAGCUCAAUCGACAUGUUCAGUCUCACAAGGUCUUUAUUGUAACAACGGUGGUGCUGGUAGUGGUAUCUGUGCCUCUAUUCCAUCACCAUCAAAUGCUUCCUGCGCCACCGACAAUGACUGUAACAUUGAUGAGACUUGUGAUUGCUCCAAUGGUCCACACGGUAAAUGUGUCGUUGUAUCGUAUAUCAACACACAAUGUGCCACUGCCACCCUAUCCUAUUACAAAUGUUUGACUAACAAUCAUUGUGCUCCAGUUCCUAAUUAUCUCAACUUAAACUCUUGUGCUGCCAAAAAUUGUGGGGACAAAUGGUGUCGCACCCAAAAUUCUUGUUACAAUCAAGAAAUUAAACCCCCCGGUUCAGAGUGUUGGGCCGACACUGACAUAUUCAACAGUCUUGUUUGCCCAACCGAUCAAUCAUCCUCUUCUUCAUCCUCUAUGAACGAUACAUCCUCCGGUUCAAAUUCCAAUUCUACUGAACCUUCUUUAUCAUCCUCUUUAUCAUCACCAACCAUCUUGGUUUUAUUCUUAUUGAUUGUUUCUUUAGUAUCAUUCCUCUAUUAA